CUCGGCGAUUGACACGCAGCUAUUGUGUGUAGGCUGGUAAAAAUGAUGAGACACAUUAUCACGAAAAGGUACAUUUAUGGAAACUCAUAGUGGCCGGAACAUUAGUAUUUGGUGCUGAACCGAGCUUUGAAGUUAUAAAGGUGGCUCCCAAACUGAGACAAAAUUGAAUUCGAGUGGAGAAGCUUGUGUUUACACAGACAAUAACAAAUGAAGCGGUACUAAAGACCGUCACUGAGUUCGAAGGCGACAAAGAGGAAUGGCUGUCAACUCAACUUCAAAUGGAAACCAAACGAGUAAUCAGGACGUCUCCUGCGCAAUUCGCCUUUAUGGAUUGCAACAAAAAACUUUCAUCAUUGCAUUAGUUAUCAUGAUUUCUAUCACUGCUUUUGCAGGUAACAUUUUAAUAGUUGUUGCGCUAAAAAGGGUGUAUUCUCUUCAUCCUCCGUCAAAACUUCUCUUUCGAUGCCUUGCUAGUACUGAUCUUGGAGUUGGCCUACUUGCAGGGCCGCUUUUUAUUACCUAUUUAAUGUCUCAAGGGCACUUAAGGAAGUGCGAAAGUCUGAGAACCAUUUUUUAUUGCCUCGCAGCAUUGCUCGGGGAAGUAUCGAUGUUAACAUUGACAUCAAUAAGUGUAGACAGACUUUUAGCUCUGUUAUUGGGACUUCGAUACCGACAGAAAGUGACUAAGAGACGAGUACAGGUUACCCUGGUCUUGUUAUGGCUUCUUAGCUCUGUAAUUGCAACGACCUUCAUUUACAACUCAUUCCUCAUUCACAUCACCCUUUCUGCAACUGAGCUUGUCUGUGUGGCCGUCUCGACGUACUGUUUCGUGAAGAUCUACGUGAAAAUUCGCCAACAUCAAAUUCAAAUACAUCUGCGAGAGCAAGUUCAUCAAGACCAGGCUUUCAACUUUGCUCGAUACAAAAAGAUAGUUUCGGGAUUAGUAUGGGUUCAAAUAACAGUGGUGGCUUGUUAUGUACCACAUGCAAUAGUUCAAGCAGUAUAUGCUUUUAAAAAAGCAACCACGCCAUUCUUAGACUUUAUUUGGGAUGUAACCAUAGCAAUGGUCCUCUUAAACUCGGCUGUGAAUCCUUUUCUUUACUGCUGGAAAGUUAAUGAGGUAAGACAAGCGGUGAAGGAAACAAUCAGGGCGUUUUUUUGUUAAGUCUUUGAUAAAAGCUCUGGAAUCUAGAGGAAUCGGUGAUUUCCCACCGAAAAGGAG